AUGUCGACGACCAACAUUACUCUUCCAAAUGGCGUCAAGUACGAACAGCCCGUCGGCUUGUUCAUCAAUAAUACCUUCAAACAUGCAUCCGGAGAUGAAUUUAUGGUCGUGAACCCGUCCACUGAGCAGGAAAUCAUCACGUUGAAGGGAGCAUCCGAAUCUGAUGUCAACGAAGCUGUUGAUGCAGCCCGCAAAGCAUUUCAAGGACCGUGGUCUGAUCUUACGCCUGUAGAACGGGGAGAUUAUCUCGUAAAGCUCGCCUCCCUCAUCGAUCGGGACCGAAAGCUCAUAGCAGCUAUUGAUGCCUACGACUGCGGCAAACCAUACUCUGUCGCACUUGAAGCGGAUCUGGACGAGUCAUACAAUGUCUUCAAGUACUAUGCCGGAUGGGCAGACAAGAUAUACGGCGACACAAUAGACACGUCUCCCGCGAAGUUUGCAUAUACCGUCCAAGAACCGUUGGGUGUCUGCGGCCAAAUCAUCCCGUGGAACUUCCCAUUCAUGAUGCUGGCUUGGAAAGUAGCACCUGCUCUGGCUUGCGGCAACGUGGUUAUUGUAAAGCCGGCAGAGCAGACCCCCUUAUCUGCCAUGUAUUUCGGCAAGCUGGUGCAGGAAGCUGGAUUCCCGCCUGGCGUCGUCAAUGUCAUUCCUGGUCUGGGGCCUGUGGCUGGAAAGACACUGGCAGAGCAUACCCAGGUUGACAAGAUUGCAUUCACUGGGAGCACAAACACCGGACGUGCAAUCAUGCGCUCUGCGGCAUCAAAUUUGAAGAAUAUCACACUCGAGUGCGGCGGCAAGAGCCCUCUUAUUAUUUUCGAAGACGCAGACUUGGAUCAAGCGGUCAAGUGGGCGCAUGUUGGCAUCAUGGAUAAUUCAGGUCAAGUCUGCACCUCGACGUCUCGAAUCUACGUUCAUGAGAAGGUGUAUGAUGAUUUUGUAUCACGUUUUGCCGAAUUCACCAAGAAGAGCACUGUCAUGGGGAGUCCAUUCAAGGACGAUGUCAAUCACGGACCACAAGUCUCCAAGAUCCAAUUUGAUCGCAUUCUUUCAUACAUUGAAGCAGGCCGCAAAGAAGGGGCCAAGAUCCUUAGUGGCGGCGCAAAGGUGGACGGGGAGGGAUACUACAUUCAGCCAACCAUUUUCGCAGAGGCGGAGGAAAGUGCUACUAUUGUUCGAGACGAGAUAUUUGGGCCCGUGGUUGUCAUCAACAAGUUUGCAACCCAGGAUGAAGCAGUGGCCAAGGCGAACGACACAUCAUAUGGCCUGGCUGCGGCCGUUUUCACGGAGAACAUGUCCAGAGGUCACACUGUAGCGAGGAAGCUGCAGGCAGGUAUGGUUUGGGUCAAUUCUUCUGGGGACUCGCAUUUCGGUAUCCCGUUUGGCGGGUACAAGUCUUCUGUCGGAGAGAGCUUGGAAACCUCAAUCAAGGAAUACCAGUCCACCCUCACAGACAUGUUGUUCUCCAAAGCCAUCGUCGCACCACUCUUGCUCCAUGUGCCAUGGGUAGCAGCCCAGACAACGAGUAACCCACCUUGUCUCAGUGCCGGUGAAGCAUACAACAUUGGCCUUCGCUGGCUUCAGAUCUUCCAAACAAACGAGAACGGAACGGGAACAGGCUCAGCCAUAAUCCCGAGUACUUUGACGAAGAAUAUCACCUAUUACGAUGAAGGUGCCACAUUUGGUGACCCAGCGCCCGUGUACAAUUCCUCGGCUGAUGUCCAUGAGGCGGUAACUGGAUCUGGGUAUAGCGGAGCGUUGGUCACGAAUGUGACGUAUUCUAUUAUCGAGUGUUUUGCGUCGUGCGAUAUCUCGGUGAUUAGAUGGCAGAGUGAUAGCCUGAGUGCAAAUGCAACUAAUGUGACGGUCCCUGUGGGAACACCGAUUAGUUAUCGUGGCACGGAUUACCUUAGGGUUGAUUUGGAGACGAGGUUGGUAUAUAAUGUGACUAGUAGUUCGGAUUUGUUGAACUACUAUAUUCGCCUGAAGGAUGAUGUGAUUAAGGCGAUGGUUUGA